AUGGCCUCUACCUUCACUGCAUGGCUGCGCUCGCCGGCGGCGCGCGAGUACUUCUUCAGCACGCAUUUCUGGGGCCCCGUUGCCAACUGGGGUUUGCCUCUGGCGGCGCUCGCGGAUCUUUCGAAGGAUGAGGAGGUCAUCUCUGGACCUAUGACCAGCGCUCUCACCGCUUACUCCAUGGUCUUUAUGCGCUUCGCAUGGCGUGUUCAGCCACGAAACUACCUGUUAUUCGCCUGCCAUGCGACGAACGCAACAGCUCAGUCAGUGCAGGGACUGCGCUACAUUAACUACUGGUACAAUGGCGGCCAGGAGAAGAAACAAGUGGCACACGUCGCCGACGUCGUGCAGCCGGCGAAGGAGGAGGUCGCUGCUGCCGUGGAGAAGCUCCGUAAAUGA